UUUUAGAAAAAAAAUUUUAUUUUUCCGAGAUUUUGUCAAGAAUUAUUCAGAUUUUGCGAAAUUCUCGUUUAUUGUGAAACCUGCUUACUUGUUGCUGCUAGCGAAGAAUGUUUGAAAUGAAAUUUGUGGGUACCAUCAAAAGCUACAAAUUUCAUGUGAAAUAUUUUUCGCUAGCGUCAAUAGUUAAUGAGUAAUGUGCAAUAAACUGUUUUUUCAUUUUUUGUGAAAUACUCAUUAACUAUUGGCGCUAGCGAAAAAUGUUUCAGAUAAAAGUUGUAACUCCAGUUCCCAGGUAGAAGAAACGUCCUAUGUAUCAUAAUUUCUUUCUAACUCCAUCAAAAAAAAAGAUCACCGACUGUAUUUGGAGUCCCAUUAGGCCCCAUUCGUUGUCUUAACGAUUACACGCACUUUAGUAGUAUCUCCUCGGUGUACAUAUGUAAAAGUUUCUCCCGGCGUUUUUUAAUAUUUAAAUGCAUUUAAAAACUAAAAUCGUAACGGAGACGUUCAAUUUUGUAAAAGAUUGUAAACUUGCGUAACUGAAAGGAGCAUCGAGAGAAUUUCCAUUGUCUUUAUUGUUAAAAAAUGUAAUAUAUCUAAUAAAACUUCUGUUAUAUUCAUUAGACGAACGUUUAUUUACUGCUGCUAGAUUCUGCGAAUGUUACAACGUUUUGUAUUUUAUGACACGUUGGAGAUUGCUGACGAAUUAUAUUGUUAAUUAUCGCCAAACCGCGUUUGUUCUCGCGCACUUCGACGAGUCGAACAAUUGGAUAUAGUAAAACAGUAUGAAAACAGAAUUUUGUUAUUAUUAUGCUAUCACCUGAAUCAGCUUUACAGAGAUCUCGCAGAAUUAAAUAUCGAUAACACGCAGGAUGGGAGCGGGAGACAAAAAUAGUCAUCAACGAUAACUAUGAAGUAAGAUAUAGAUAACUUAUCAGAAUUCUAUCUUCUAUGUCCCUCGUGGUACGGAAAAUUUAUGAACAAUUAAUGAAGCAAUUCCUAUGUCAUGGUUUUUGUCAGAAGAAAGUUAUUCAAGUAAUAUAUAAUGUUCAAGCAUAAAGAAGAGUAAAACAGAAUUUCUAAAAUUACUUAAAUGAUACAUACUGAUGCACCUGUUACUGAGAAUCAGAAAUACACUUAUUAAAAAAUCACAUUACUCUUUACAUUAUUUUUUUUUACAUUAUUAUUUUGAAUAUAUAAGUAACAGUUUUAUCAAGGAUUGUGUUAAACUUCAAUCUACCUUGGAGAGAAUGAAUUCUUUCUACUGAAUGUCGAUAAAAAGAUAGAUACUAAGCAUAACAGUAUCACAAAGGCUCGGUGUUCUGUUUUUCCAUUUCCUCCGUGAAAAUUAGACGAUGGUGCAACGAUCGUAAAUUGCAACAUCGGUUAAACUCUAAAGUCUAUAUAGAGUGGCGCCAGAGGUUUUCUCGUCACAAACGUCUCGCCUUUCGAAGAUUAUAAGGUACGCGGUCCUCGGUUCGACUCGACUCUGUUUGCCUCUGAUAUUAUGCGCUUGAUGUCGUAAAAUCGUUUUAAUACCUUUCUCCUCCUCGCAGCGAGAUUCAGCUGCCGCAAAGAAAAUUGCGAAGCAAGCGUCGAACAGAGAAAGAGAGAUGGAUUGAAUAUAUAAAUCAUUGAAAGGCUGGAUCAAUCAGAUUUAAGUUUGAUAAAAAUGAGAUACGUAUAGUGAAACGAGAGAUUGUCGAUCGCAAAUAACGCGAUGUUGUUUAAUCGGGAAUCGAGAUAAGGCGAAAAAAUGCUGGCAUCAUGUGAGCCUCUGUAAAUUCGUUCAGCCAUGGAUGCAGAAGGUCGCGAUUUCACGAUCAGUUUAGAUCGGAAACUUGUCUACCGAACGGCGAGGAGGAACGGCCGUUGUUUAGAAGCCAACGGCGUGGCUCGGUCGUGAUUUUAAUGGAAAGAGUCGAGUAUUUUCACGAGUUCUGCUCGCGAAGAAGAAACUAAUAUGGAAUACUGACAGGUUUUUUUUUAUGAAGAGUUUCUCUGGGUCUAUCGACAAACGCGAUUUCUCGUCUCGAGUUAGAGGAGAGCUCAAGGGUUGAAUAAAAUUUUUUAAUCUACGAAAAUGACUGAAGAGAAGGAUCUGAGCCAAGUAUUGUGCGUGAACAAUCCUGUAAAAGUUAUUAACAGCGAAGAGAAGCAGGAAAACAAUAAUGCAUUCCAAACGAAGGUGUAUAAAAGACGGUGGUUAAUGCUAUGCUUGUUUAUACUGUACAAUGGUUUGAGUACCUUUCAGUGGGCACAGUAUUCGAUAAUCACCAACAUAGUCAGCAGGUAUUAUGGCGUUUCCUCGUUGGCCAUCGACUGGACGUCCAUGACGUUCAUGGGUUAUUACGUGGCCUUCAUCUUCCCUGCGACGUACUUCGUGAACCGAUGGGGACUCAGAUGGAGCAACAUCGUUGGGUGCGGUGUCGCUUGUAUCGGUUCUUGGAUCAAAGUCCUGUCAGUCAGUCCUGACAGAUUUUACGUUACCUUUAUCGGACAGUCUCUGGUCGCCUCGAUACAGACACUAGUUUUGAUGAUGCCCGGACGUUUGGCAGCGCAGUGGUUCGACUCUAAUCAAGUAUCGACGGCUACAUCGUUAAGCAUUUUCGGUAAUCAAAUGGGGGUAGCGAUAUGUUUCUUGCUCACACCGAUGAUUGUAAAAAAUCAUGAAAACUUAGACGAUAUCGGUGUUGGUCUGUCCCGUCUUUUUUGGCAUCAAGCUAUCUUGAUUACAAUUGUGUUUUUAUUCAUCGUAAUACUAUUUGAAGAUGAUCCGAAACUGCCACCGAGCGAAACACGAGCGAUGCAAAAACUGACUCAACUGGAGCUCGACGAAAGUGUUCUAGACUCAAUUAAGAAAUUGUGUAAAAACAAGCAAUUCCUAUUGCUCUGUAAUUCAUACGGUUUAGGGAUUGGAGUGGUAAACGUGACGGGAACGUUAUUAAAUCAAAUAUACGUUACACAUUUCGAGAAUGGUGAGGAAGACGCGGGUAGAAUCGGUUUAGCAAUGGUUCUCAUGGGAAUGUUGGGUUCCGUCAGUUUUGGAGUAAUUGUCGAUAAGACGCACAAAUACAAGGAAACUACCGUAAUCGUGUACUUCCUCGCGCUGUGCGGCCAGGUAUUCUUCUCGCUGUCCACGUACUUCGAAAUAAAAUGGAUGGUCUAUCUGUCGGCCAUCUUUCUAGGGUACUUCAUGGUCGGCUACUUCGCCUUAGGAUACGAGAUGUGCGCGGAGUACACAUAUCCGGAGUCGGAAGGAACGACGGGGGGUAUCUUGAACGUGACUAACAACCUUUACGGGAUGGUACUGGUUUUGAUAAUGGGCCGUCUGAUAGAGGAGUACGGCGACGUACCGGUACACGUGGGACUUUUCGUCACGCUCCUCGUCGGCUUUGUCAUAACCGUGUUAACGAAGAACGUGAAAAGGCGGCAGGACGCGAAGCGCAACGCCGCGCAAUACGUGGGUGUUAAUCAAAGUGACGAGAACGGCGAGUGCGAAAGAAGUUGAACUCGGUGCUACGUUUUUUUUUAUGACGAAUAUUAUUUAAUUGAGUCAAGCUCGAUGUACGUGCAAUAAUAAAAGUUAUAUUUUUUUUAUCUACGAUUAUUCUUUCAUUACGAUCGUCGACGAGACUAUUUGUACUUUUGAAAUCAAUGCACCGUUCGAUUAAACGGGAAAGCGAUUAGAAACUAGAGACGGGUAGGUCAAAUUGAUAUCAAGAAUUGAAAUAAUGGAAAUCGCGAGGAGAGAUCCCGGGAUUCCAUCCACUAGGAAUACUCGCGUUCUUUGUUUUCAGGUAAACGGCGUCAUAGCCGGGAGCUAUAUACCUAUCCUACUACAGUAGGUAGUGUGUAGUGAUCGCUGCGUCUGACACGUGACAUGACGCGUGCACCACUUGUUACUCGACCAGAAUACUCGAUUACUCGAUCAGGGAACAAAAGUACCCAAUGCGGACUAUUAUAUUUCGCGUUUUCGAUCGACCCCCGGGUACUCCUAUCUGUCCGCCGCAGAACGUUACGUCGGCGAUAUCAUCUUGACGCUAUAGACAUUAUUCACCCUUCGUUCAUUUCUACCCCUUAACCGAAGAAUUAUCCGAACGGUUUCUAUUGCCAAAUCGAUAUCGGGAAACGUCUCCACGUCUCCUUCGCUUUUUUCUUAUUAUAUAUCUAUCACACGUGCCCGAAGUUAAAUGUAAUCUAACAUCUUUAACAGGAGAUUAAAAUCUAACAGUUUAUGCUUCCAUUAAUUAUUAAUAUAAUUUAUAUUUUAGUGACCCUUAAUUUAAAUUAACAUAUAAUCUCUUUUUAAGAGCAGGUAGUUCUGUUUAAUUUGGAUUCUGCAGAAUUCUGGUAAUACGAAAUGGUCAUGUAAUGUCCCGCCUAUUGUGAAGUUUCAAUAAUUAUGAAUACGCGUUUCGUCGAUAUCGUCGAGCGAAGAAAGAGCUCGCGAGUUGGGCUGCAGCAGGCCCGAUGUCAAACGCAUCCGUUGAAAAAGAUAUUGAUCUAUUGACAGCUCGAACACGUACACACGAGAGGGGGGGAAGGGUAACCGGUCUCCGUAUCCGUCGAGAUUGCGAUUAUCACAAAGGGACUUAUGGAUUAUCGAUAACGGGCGAGAAUGAAAAGCGGAAAUGACAGGUCGCCGCAAAUGGACUCGAGUGGACGCCGCGAUGAAACCACGGUAGAGAUCGAUAGAUUCCAUUUAAUUCGUUCGAGCCGCGUACUGCCGACGGCCAAAGAUAAAUUGGAAAAUUUUCGUAUAAAUACUCCGUACACGUACCUCUCUGUCUCCCGCUAGUUAGCCAACGUGAUUUGGAAUAAUAAUUGUUAGCAUGAUACCUUUAUUCAAAGUUAGAUAACAGAGACUUCUUGUCUAUAGUGUGAUAGUGUCGAUUUCUUUUAUCCAAUAUUAUUUAUCAGAAAACUUUG